UUUUACACCGCUUUACAAUAGAGCUGCAACUAAGUUCGCGCAUCAUCAAGUAUACAUUCACACAGUUGCAGAUAUAUUUACAAGUUGUUUCGUUUAUCAAAUUAAACUGUGUAAGUUGCAAGAUUAUUAAAAUGACGGGCGAUUAUAGCAUCUACACCGGAGAUAAAAGAACACUUGGUAUAUUGGACUAUAUUCUGUUUUCACUACUGUUCGUAGCAUCAGCGGCAAUAGGGUUUUACCAUGCCUAUAGAGACAGAAAAAAUACAAAUGUUGACAAUUUUCAUCUAGGAGGAAGGAAAAUGCAUCCUCUGCCAGUAAGUCUGUCUCUAGCUGCGACAUUUAUGUCUGCUUUGACAAUACUAGGGACUCCGGCGGAGGUAUACACAUUUGGGACGAUGUUUUACUGGAUAGUUCUUGGAAUGUUCAUCGCCACUGCAGGAACGGCGCAUGUUUUUCUCCCGGUCUUCUAUCACAUGAACAAAAUAAGCUGUUUCGGAUAUCUUCAGUUACGUUUCGGAAAUAUGACGAGACUACUCGCAAGUUUUCUGUUCUUGUUACAAACAUUGCUCUACAUGGGAUUUGUACUGUAUGCACCCUCCUUAGCCUUUCAGGCUGUAACAGGACUCUCUUUGUGGGGUUCUAUGAUUGGUGUGGCGUCCGUCUGUACACUUUACACCAUGUUAGGUGGAAUGAAGACUGUUCUAUGGACCGACAGUUUGCAGUUUGUAAUUAUGAUAAUUGGUCUUCUGGCACUUCUAAUUGAAGGCUCAAAUGCAACAGGGGGCAUUGCUAAAGCUUGGGAGAUUGCAAAGGAGCAGGGGCGUAUUGAAUUUACAAAUAUCUCUGUAGACCCACGAACUAGGCAUACCGUAUGGUCUGUAGGUAUUGGAGGGGCCAUGUUUUGGACAUACCUUUAUGGGAUCAACCAAGCUCAGGUCCAGCGUGAGUGUUCUCUCCCUACCUUGCGAAGAUCACAGCUUGCUGUUUGGUUAAACUUUCUUGGACUUUUACUGAUAAACACUCUUGUAUGCCUAAUUGGAGUCGUAAUGUAUGCAUUUUACAGCGACUGUGACCCAGUCAAGUUCAAACUGGUAGACAAAACUGAUCAACUUGUUCCACUGAUGGUUCUAGACGUGCUUGGAACCAUUCCGGGAUUAGCCGGUAUAUUUAUGGCGUGUGUGUUUAGCGGAAGUUUAAGCUCUAUAUCUUCUGGACUGAAUGCAAUGUCAGCAGUUAUUCUAGAAGACUAUAUCAAGUGUUUCUGUUUUAAAUCUCUAACAGGUCAUACCAAUCCAAAGACAAUAAAUAAAAAACUUAUGAGUCCAUUAUUCUACAUGUUGUGCCCGUGCCUACCAGAUAAAAUGAGAAAUCCUCUGCGCUUUGGCGUAGACUAUGAAAACUAUGAGAAGACGGACGUUUAUAAUGAGAAGGAAAGGACAAUGAGAUCUACUGGAAAUGGAAACAUGGCUUAUAUAGAAGACAGUCCCUUAUAGAUUUACAGAAUCUAUAACUGUAGCGUCAAUGGACAAAGAUCAAUAGCACAGGCCGAUUCUUUGUUAUCUUGAUGCACAAUCCAUGUGUUUUAGUGCUGUUUUGUUCGCUUUAAGAUAAAUGCAAGUAGAUUUGAACAGCAAAAGAAACUAUCAAGAUGUAUAACUGGGGUAUUUUUAACUUCAAGUGUUAGAUUUUAUAAAUCGAUCAACCGUGAAGUCAGUAGUCCCACAAUAGUUGUUUUGCACGAAAUUUUGGCUAUAUCCUCUGUGCGUCUGUUGCAUUGUAGCAUCCCAAUCGCGCGCUCAUGCUGAUUUUGAAUUAGUCAUGCAUGGAACAACAUUUCUUAACUUUAUGAUGUUUUUCGAGUAAGUCAAUCAUCAAUGUUUCCCAUGACAAUAAAAUCGUUAAUUACACGCGCACGUGAGUUUCGUGCAAAACGGCUAUUGUGGGACUACUGACUUCACUGUUGAUCGAUUUUUUUUAAAUUCAACAGGUGAAGGUUUUCAAGUGUAAUGUGGUAUGAAGAAAACAAGUCAAAUUUAUAAAUUUAACUUUGUUAUUUAAAAAUACCCCAGUUAUACAUCUGGAUAGUUACUUUUGCUGUUCAGUAUAAUUUCUCCGACAAACGUAUUAUCUUUGCAACAUUUUAUAAUAUUUAGUCAAGAGACAUUGUAAUCAGAAAACCAAUAUAGUUUUAGCUCAUAUUUUGAUGUAUUCAAACUUUUGUAACCCCUCCUCACCCCCCCCCCCCCCCCCCCCACCACCACCACCACCACCCCUCUCAUGAUAACAAUAAUUACACUCUUUUAUUUUAUUUUUUCGUUAUUUCAUAGGGUAAUAUAUCUGAUACACUUUAACUGCAUUUUCAAUUGUAUUUCUAGAUAUUUAUGUUAUUUAUCGUUCUCGGUCAUUCUGCAGAGGCAAAUACAAGUAUAUGAAUAUAUUAUCAUAAAUUAGAUAUUAUUAGGCUAUUUAGCAUUAUUCUGUACAAUACGGAGAUAUAUUUGGACGAGUACCCAGCUGAGAAAACCAUAUUGGACGAGCCGCUGAAAACCAUAUUGGAAGAACCGUUAGGCCCUCCAAUAUGUUUUUUUCCAGCUGGGUACGAGUUCAAAUGUAUCUUGUAUUGUUCAGUUCAAAGUUAAAUAAUCUUUUUAUUCUAUAUCUAUUUUAUUUUAGUUUUAAUUAAAAAUGAUUCAUUUCUGUCUUCCUCAUUUCUAGACGCAUAAUCUAACUCUGUGCAUAGAGCACCUACUUCGCCCGAUUUACAUUCGUACAAUUUUCACGCGUUUCGGGCUUUUUCGUAUGUUUAACAUGGGGCAUUUUGAACCGUCCAAAUACGGAAAAAUACAGGGUUUUUUUGUACGCACGUGCGUCCGACAAGGUAAUCUAUUGUACGAUCAGGUGUUGCAAAUGAACGUUCACGAUUGGAUAGAUAUAAUAGAUAUAGAAUAAAUGAACUUAUUUUAUAUUUAUACAGCUAAAAUAAAAGCAAAUUGUAUAAGGAAAAUCACAAUUAGUACUGGUAAGAAUGUUUUCAGUGAAAUUGAUUUGAAUUAGAACAAUAGUAUUUUAAAGUA